AUGUUGCUGCCAGACCAAACGUACGAACAGGCCAACAUCCAUCAGGACUACUUACGACCAUAUGAUGAAUUUAACCGAAUCAUCGAUCUGAAAGAAAUCGAUGUCAAACGGCUGCAGCGCAACAUUUUCGACAGUGACAACGGCGACGAGCUCAUGGUGCUGACGAAUAAUGAGAUGAAAUUUUGUCAAACUAGUCGACAGAGCGGUUGCAGUUCGGUGCCAAGCGGCACCGGAGUGAGCGGAGGUGGACCCGAAUCCAACGGGUGCUGCGGUGGUGGUGGGAAAAGUCCUGGACAGGAUGACACUGACAGUGCUAUUUGGAGCACCCGAGAACAAUGGAAGAGUAAGCAUAACAAUGGCAGAAUUGUAUCGAAUGCCUCUGUUCGUGAGGGAGUGAGCGGUAUGCCAGGUAGCGGUAGUCCCGAGGAAUGGAGGGGUCGAAGAGGACGACGACAUCAACGAUCGCGUCGAGCGACGAAUGACAGCAGCUGCAGUAGUCUUACUAGUGAUAUCCAAACGGAUCUUGGAAGUGAUGAAGAAGCAGAAGGACGUCGAGAGAAUCCAUCGCGGGGCCAGAGGACGAAUGUGGACGAACAGGAAACCGAUUACGACAAGACGUCGGAUUUUUUCAACAACAUUCCAGAGUUUCAAGGUGAAUCUUUGGGUCCGUUCAGCUUGAACAAUAAGAACGAUUUGAACAUCCGAACCAACAUCGAUAUCCUGCGAGCUUGCGAACUGUUCCUGAUGCGCAAUCGUAUCCGGCCGGACUUUUUCUGCAAGUACAAAAAAGUCAUCAAUGCCUCCGUAUCGGCACCUUCGUCGUUUCCACUGUCGCGGACGAGAACCCCCGUUGACAGCACUGCUCGCAAACCGAAAAGUCUCUCGCCACCGUUGCACCGACCACCAUCGUCACGACCGAAUCUCGGACAAACCCUGACCAAACCUGUCAUCGCGGCUACGGUCGCCCCCGCCGUUUCCGCUGCCGCAGUGAAUGCGAUCUACAGCGUACCGAAUCGUGCCGCCAAGCGGAGACGAUUUAUUGUGAAUUCAAAUACGGAUGCAUCCUCGUCGAAUGAAGCCGUUCACUUACAGCAGAAACUGAAAAGUCUGAGCACUGAGCUGGUAACGUUGCGGAGUCGCCUUCACACUGGUGGUCAGACAACGCCAGCGACAGCAACGGGAGGCCCGAAUGGUACCGUGCCCGUCACCAGUCCCGUAGCUGUAGUCACUUCAACCACAACGCCAAAUACAAACCCCCAAACGCUUGGUGGUCACGGAACGACGGCCACCGCUAAUCUUACCAGUGCCGGUACGGGAGCCGGAGGCCUUGCGGCGACGACAGUCAGCGCGAACGGAAUCAACAUUCUGUCACACCUGAACGCUGCCAACGGUGCCAGUUGCAAUAACAACAUCACAAACAGCAAGAGUCACAUGAUAGUGGCUGCGGCACAGUGCAUACCCCCAACAGGCAACACGUUGAACCACCCAGUCAAUGCUUUACCAAUAGUUUCACCGAGAAAUACCUCGAUACCGUACCCGCUGCCGCAUCACAACAGUACCGGAACGAUACUGGUUUCAGAUACAGCCCAAUGUGGUGGUGGUGGCGGCGGUGGCAUAACGGGUGGUGGAACGCUUCCGCGUAGGACAACCGUAGGCUUUAAUACCAAAGGCCAGAAUCUUCAUGGAACGACGGGAGCGGCUGGUAUAACCGGCCAUCACCUGAAUUCUACGAACAGUGUAGGGGUUAUUGGGGGAUCAGGAGCUGGUAGUAGUCUAACCGGCGGAAGCAUUAACCAUCAUUCGGUGCCCGGUUGUCGAUCCGGUAGCAGUGGCGUUGGUACAACCGGGAUCAACGGCACGACCGACAGCAAAACUGUAAAACUGGAAGACCUGAUACACUUACCGGGGCCACUAACUGAAGACGCCGUAAUGCGGACACUGCAAACCCGGUUCUCCGACGGGAAAUUCUUUACCAACGUUGGGCCAAUCCUGCUCUCUGUGAAUCCGUACCACGACGUGGGAAAUCCACUGACCCUGUCAUCAACCCGCUCCGUCCCGCUAGCACCACAACUCCGCAAAAUAGUACAAGAAGCCGUCCGACAGCAAGCCGAGACGGGCUAUCCGCAGGCAAUUAUUCUGUCAGGUACAUCUGGAUCGGGAAAAACACACUGUUCAAUGCUACUGUUGCGGCAGCUGUUCGCUGUGGCCGGCGGUGGUCCUGAAACCGACGCUUUCAAACACCUAGCGGCAGCCUUCACUGUGUUACGGUCCCUAGGUUCCGCCAAAACGUCCACCAACUCCGAAUCCAGCCGAAUAGGUCAAUUCAUCGAGGUACAAGUGACGGAUGGAGCUCUCUACCGGACUAAAAUACACUGCUACUUUCUGGACCAGACACGUGUCAUACGGCCGUUGCCGAACGAGAAGAACUAUCACAUCUUCUAUCAGAUGCUGGCCGGGCUGAAUGCAGAGGAGUGCACCCGCCUCAAUCUGGAAGGUUAUUCUCCGGCCAACUUAAGGUAUCUGCAGAACGGCGAUAUUCGGCAGGACGAACAGGAAGAUGCAGCCCGGUUUCAGGCAUGGAAAGCGUGCUUGGGCAUCCUGGGAAUUCCCUUUCUGGAUGUUGUUAGAGUACUGGCAGCAGUUCUACUGCUUGGAAAUGUGCAGUUUGUUGAUGGGCAGGGACUAGAGGUGGAAGUGAACGGUGAAACGGAACUGAACGCGGUAGCCAAUCUGUUGGGUGUUCCACCGGCUCAGCUGUUCCGCGGACUAACCAUUCGUACACACAACGCACGUGGUCAGUUAAUAAAAUCAGUCUGCGAUGCAAAUAUGUCCAACAUGACGCGAGAUUCACUAGCGAAAGCGCUCUACUGUCGAACGGUAGCGACGAUCGUCAGGAGAGCGAACAGUCUGAAACGAUUGGGCUCAACACUGGGAACACUAAGUUCUGAUAGCAAUGAAUCAGUGCACAAUCAGGCGGAGGUUGCGAGUCAACAUGCGUCCACUAUCGGUGGUGGCAACGCUGGUUCGAAAUCGAUGGCUGCCCUAAACAAUGCUGUUCGACAUGCCACCGAUGGAUUUAUAGGUAUAUUGGACAUGUUUGGUUUCGAGGAACCGCGUCCCGCCCAGCUGGAACAUCUAUGCAUUAAUUUAUGCGCGGAAACCAUGCAGCAUUUUUACAAUACACACAUUUUCAAAAGUUCAGUCGAGUCCUGUCGGGAAGAGGGCAUCAUCUGCGAUGCCGAAGUGGAUUACGUGGAUAAUGUGCCGUGUAUUGAUCUGAUUUCGUCGCUUAGAACGGGCUUGUUAAGUAUGCUGGAUGCGGAAUGUUCCGUUCGAGGUACAGCCGAAAGUUACGUUGCCAAGAUCAAAGUCCAGCACAGGAACUCGGCACGUUUGGAACAGCGAGCUUCGGAACCGUAUGAUCCCAGAAUGUUCGCUAUUAGACAUUUCGCCGGACGAGUCGAGUACGAUACAACGGAUUUCCUGGAUACGAACCGAGAUGUGGUCCCGGACGACUUAGUUUCGGUGUUCUACAAACACACGUGCAAUUUCGGAUUUGCGACCCAUCUAUUCGGCACCGAACUGAAAGCUUUGUACGCCCAGGAAAAUGUUCCGCGAGGUUUGAGCUUCAGAAUUGCUCCUACAUCACAUACCGAUCUACUAAAUGGAGAUGAGCCUGUUUCGACUCUGACGCAAGAUUUUCACACCAGGUUGGAUAAUUUGUUACGAACGCUCGUCCAUGCUCGACCGCAUUUCGUUCGCUGCAUUCGAAGCAAUACGACGGAAAAGACGGGUGUUUUUGACCGUGGCACCGUAGUACGACAGAUUCGAGCUUUGCAAGUGCUCGAAACGGUAAACUUGAUGGCCAGUGGUUUUCCGCAUCGGAUGCGGUUCAAACAAUUUACCGCCCGAUAUCGAAUGCUUGCUCCGUUCCGGCUGCUAAGGCGUUGCGAAGAGAAAGCUCUAGAAGACUGCAAGCUGAUUUUGGAUUUUGCACUGGAAAACCCACCUGAGCUGGAUGGUUCGGUGACGCUAUCGUGGGCACCGGGUAAAAGACAUAUAUUCCUAAGCGAAGGUAUCCGACAGCAUCUGGAGCACUUGCGGACGGAAGUGCGAAUGAAGAGCGCCACGCUGAUUCAGGCCACUUGGCGUGGGUGGAAUCUACGGAAACGGCUGGGAACGAUUCGAAGGUCACACGAUAUUAAACUAGUGGGUAGCAGCCUGCUGGCGAUAAAUAAGAACAACGCUACAAGACCACCGACUUCGGGACCAAACACGAACGCAAACAAUACUGGAACAGCGACGAGGCCACGACCACAACCGAUUGCCGGUACGCCUCCACCUGAUCCCAAUGAGAAAUGCGAUUCGAAAAUAAUUGCUCAGACAUGCACCCUUUUUGGUCUAGAUUUGGAACGUCCUCCUCCAGUGCCUCCGUCUCGUUCGUACACCGUCACUGGAAAUUCUAAGCUCGGUUACCCACAGACUCGCAUAAUGAAGAUGAACUUUCCGGAGGACUCAGCCGCCUCGAAUGUGGGCGAACAGCUCCGCAAGGGCGAAGCCGUCACGGUUACCGGAGCCUCACACCGCCGAGGCCACCUAAUUGUCGAGCACAAUGGCAUCAGUUUGCAUGUGCCUUUCCAGUAUAUGGAGCUGGUUAAAACUACCACUUCGCCAGCGCCACCAGCAGCAUCCGCUGUCAACAUUUAACGACAAAUGUUAAAUGUUCGCCAUCACGUUUCAUUACUGUUAUUCAUUACACGGUUCUACCACAGGGGGGAUGUGCUUCAUCGCAUUACGACUAUUGACAUCACUAUGUUCCUAAAGGCAAAGGCAUGGUAUAACUGGAAAAAAUAUUAGUUUGGUUGAUUAAACGUUUUGUUUUGUUGCAGUUGACUGCAAACCCGAGCAAUAAUCAACCGUAAACCAAUCUAUUUGGCUUCAUAGAUUCAAUUAAAUUAAAAAAUCGCAAAUUCUUUUGACAUCGGUUGAACGUAAAAAUGAUUGUAUUGAAAACAUUGUUAUGUCAAACGUCUGAAUGCCAUGUUGUGUUGUCCCAACCCUAACCACUGUUAUUAUAAAGCAAGCAUACCCAUUUAUACUAUUUGUACUGUCCCAAGGUCUUCCAAUCGCAUAAUGCAACGUCAACCACAGGUUUAUUUAAUGAAAACGUUAUCAAUUAAGGUUUACAUCGAUAGCAUUUACUUGAGUAUAGUCUAUAAGGCGCAUCGUUUAUACAAAAUAUUAUACUUACCAUUUUAUCAUGUAUUUAAUGCAAAAGAUAAAAGUACUACUCAUCUCUAGGACUGAUAAGAACCCACAGGAAGGUCAAUUACAGCUAGCUGUAAGGAAGAGACUCUUCACAAACUGAUUAAAUAAAUAAGUGAAAUACACUUUAUAGAAGCGUUGAUUCUAUGAGGAUUCUAAAGUGCCAACCUUUGUACGUAGGAUAUUGACGGAUCAUAAAAAGUGGAAACCACACACAUUUCCAUCAUCAAUCUGUCUCCGUUUGAAAACAGAUUUAUCCGGAACGAAAGAACUGCUAGAUAAAUCAUUCACCCAGAAAUACCAGCAGAGAUGAAAUAGAUUUAUUGCUUAAGCACAAACUCCUAGAUGUUAAGUUACAGUGAAGUAUUAUUCCUUCCUUGAUCUGGAUCAAGCAGAGAAAGGAAGAAAAUUGCAAUUAUCCUUGCCAUGUACAUAAAAAAAUACAGUUCAGUUCUUUUGCACGUGCAACUCACACAGUGACCUCGUCGGUCGACUCGCUCAUCCCAAUCGCGGAAAACAACCUUUCCGUGCAUUAUUUCCACCAGCAGCUUUAUUCGAGCAAGCAAAUUAAAAUUCUUCAGGCGUAUCAUCAAAGUGUACCAGUGAAAUAAAAACUAAAUUCUAAA